AUGGGCGGAUCUAAGCCGCAGGACCUAGAAGGCUUACUUAAGUACCAAGGCAAUGAGUGUGCAGAUAUUGCCACUUUUUCACUCCCUGCAUCUGCGAUUACUAGGGAUUUGUGUCAAAUCUAUGGGACAAGCUGUUCUGUUGAAGCAGUUAGUCCUGAUUCUCAAUGUAACAAAACAGGUGACGCAAACUCUUCAUAUGUGGAGACCUUUUGUAUGGAACUUUCUGAUUUCUUACGUGAAUAUGGAUUUCCCUAUAUGCGUGUUAUUGAGAGACCCAUCAGUGAGCGGUUUGGUUCGCUGAAUGAUCGCGUUGUGACAUUGAGAUUUCUUUGCGCAGAGCUUAUAAUUGCGCGUAAAGGCGGUCAAAAAGGCAAACAGAAAUCCAAUAGAUCACAGAUUACAGCCGACUUGACGGAUUAUCUAAAAAGGGCUUGUCUGGCUCUCAACUUACCCAGACCACCACCUGACAUUGACGCCAGUAAACUUUUAUCUUUGCUUCACAAGUCUGUCACAAAGGCUAUUUCAAGCGCUCCACCCAACUAUUUGGGUAAACCCAUACUGCCACCUAAGGGGCUAUCAGAGAAGCAGUGGUCAAACGUGUGUCGCAUUGGGCAAAUCCUUGACGCCGAGUACACCAGUCGACGUGAGACUCUUAUUAAACGCGCCGACUGCACUGUGCAGAGCUUCAAGUGGUCUGAUCGGGCGAAGUCGAAGCUGGAGGAGAUGGAGGCGGCCUAUAGUCCUUUGCGCGCGUCGAUGCAAGCGAGUCCUUGGGGAGACGUGGUGCCCCACCUCCUGGCCGCACGCAACAUCCAAUUGUUGCGCCUGGAGAAGACCUCAGGUUCGACGGCACGCGAGUUCACCUCUUGUCCCCUCAAUCGUAUCCUCAUGGCUGGUCAGGUGCCCGACCGGGGUGGCCGCACCUGGGAGGUUGAGGCGCCCCCACCUGAAAUGCCUGCAUUCCAAAAGAGACGGGCCGGUGGUGGUAGAGGUGGAGCGCUACUACUGGUGAUCGAGAGAGGUAUGAUGAAUUUGGAAGAAACCCUAUAUUUGGGGUGUAUUACUCUCCGUUUGCCAAAUCAUUCAAUCACAGGUCGCGGUCGUGGCGGCGGUGGACGCGGUGGCUACUCUAGUGGCGAUGGUAGCGGUGGUGCUAGGGGUGGGAGAGGUGGUGCUGGAGGCGGCAGAGGUGGUGCUGGUGGCGGUGUCAGUUCUGAGUCGUUUGGUGCGAGACCCCCAUCAGGUAUAUCCUUUGGGGCACAGGACAUCCAAAAUCUCGUUCAAAAUAAUAUAACCUCAAUUUUUCAUCGGACGCGGUGGUCGAGGCCGUGGACGGAACAAACGUGGGUGAUGAAUUCUCACCCUUCUCUCGUUUACGUUUUCCUCCCGCCUUCUGUUGUCGUUUCUUGCUAUGAGAUGAAUCAGUUGGAUUCUUUGCCUAUGAAAACACAAGGCUUACGUCUUCAUAAUAUUGCCGGUUGGAGGAGGGGAUUUGCGAGCCGGACUUCCCAAAAGAACUCCGAAAUAUCCUGGGAAAUUUUUGAAGUGUUGUGGUUGAAAGCUGCUCCGGCAGUACUUCCUCGUCACCGUUUGCUGUCUAAUUCGGUCAUCGAAAGAAUUGAAUACAACUCAACUCACGGUGAGGCCGAGUCUGAUGGACAUAGAAAAUGGACAUUAAAACCUAACAUUGACCGCCCAGUUCUAUUCCGAGUUAUUUUGCAUGAAGUUUUCUUCCCUGGCAAUGGUCAAGACUGCUUGAGCGAUGCCUAUGUCAUCCUCACCGACAAUAGCAACAAUUCUGCCAUUUAUUGCGGGUCAGUGAAAAAUCGGGAGCUAAGAAUACUUUCACUUCAAUUAAGCAUUCAAAUUGUGGCUGUAUCCAAAUUUAAAGGAAGCAUAUUCGCAAAUAUCACCUAUGAAUUUGUUGAUGCAUCAGAACAACAGAUAUUGCCCAUUUGCAGCGGUAUAACCGAAAAUUCCAAAAUGUUCUGGUCCUGCAAACCGCACUUUCAUGCACCUAACUUCUCUGAAACGAUAUGCAUCCAGUUAACUGAAUUCUGCGAUGGUUAUAACCAAUGUCCAAAUGGGGAGGAUGAGGAAACAAGUGUUUGUAAUGUGGUAAAUAUUACAAGUUCACAAGUCUGGUGGUCUAAGCUUGGGACUCGUUUCCCAUGCCAAGAAAACGCUUCAAUGUGCAUCCCUUUAGCAGAGAUCCGUGAUGGUUUUGCUGACUGUCAGGAUGAUGAUGAUGAUGAACGUCAGUGUACUGACCCUUCGGAGCGGAAUGUUUCGUGCCCGAAUGAAACACUCUACUGUCGAGAGGAUGCCAAGUGCUUGCCCCUGGGUGACGUGUGUAAUGGACUUCAAGAUUGUAUUGGACUUUCAGAUGAGUCAAUAUCUGCUUGUGAAUGGAGGAAAAACCACUCUGACAGUUUUGCUAAUUUAACUUUUGUUUGGGGAGGUACUUUUGCUCCCUGUUCCCUCGAUUAUCCAUUUUUUUGUCCCAGCGACAAAAGGUGUUUGGCUAUUGGAGCCAUCUGCAAUGGAUUGACGGACUGCUCUGAUGGAUUUGAUGAAAGUGCAGUUGUUUGUAAAGUAGCUUCGGAUUACGAGAGAGAGUCAAUUAUUCAGACACCAAUGAACCAUUCGACGGCACUUAUGAAACCUACUAAUUUAGACAAAAUUACUACAAAUCGUACCCUUGAUGUACUGGGGGAAACUGCAGUAAAUUCUAACAAAACAGAUUUUGGUGGUUUCAGAGAAGUAAUAGAAGUCGAAAGAAAUAGCACGGAAGAACUUGGUAAGAGCUCUAGAAAUGAGAGAGCAAUUGCAGUAGACACUUUCAUUAAGGCAGAUCAUUCGCUUGAUAACCAUUCUACAACUGUGAAGGAUGCAGAGUAUACUGAAACAAUCUCGAAUUGCACAGAGAAUGAGCCGAAAUCUAAUCGAGAAAAGCCUGAGGACGAUUUUUUUGGCAUCGACGUUUUGGAGGCAACAAUAACUGCUCUUGCAAAGGAAGAAGAAAUGACAGAUAUAAAAGGACGUGCAGAUGUCUGGAAAACUACCCGACCAUCGGAGGAGACUUUGACUAAUGAGGGCUUUCGUAGUUCUGACUAUAACAGUACUGAAGAAGAUGAAACUAGUAAGAUUAAGGAAAAUUCAGAUCAAGCAGUCAUUGAUGCUUCAAUGAUCGAGGAGUCCAUCGUGAAUACAACCGAAGUCCCUAUUGAUACCGGAAGUAGUCAGCCUAUUGCUGGUGAUGCAGAACUGGAUUUGAAUUCACAUAGUGUCACAAAAGAGCAAAGCACUCUUUUAAAUGAAGCAAUAAAUGAAAAUUCUACAGAAGAGAAGGAAGAGGUAGCACUGGUGACUUUACUGGAAUCUGUCAAUGAUCUUUUAAAAAUUGAACAAGAAAUACACAAGUCGGCAAUUGGAGGCAGAGUCGAAUUGAGCAACACAGGUAACAGUGAUAGUUCGCAUACGCUUGAAGAAGACGAUUCAGGAAAAAACUAUACUGACGUCUUAACGGAACCUCCAGCCAAACUUCUUGAAGAGCCUGUUAAAAUACCUUACACCACCGAAUCAAAUUUAGCAGAAUCUACUUCAGUCCCUUGCAUUUUGUUGUGUAAAAUUAAUGGAUCGGAAGCAGGGAGUUUAAACAAGUCGGAACUCGGCUUCGCGCUCAGCACCCACAAUUCCACUGAAUCGACCGACGCAGCAGAUGGACUUACACUGAAGAAGGCAGACAUGCCAUCCAUAAUAGUUCGUAGGCGAGAAGUUGAGGGCGAAAUCGCCUUCCCUCCGCUGUGGAUAGCCCGCGUUUCUAGCGGUUCUUUCUUCCUCUGCUACGGCAUCCUUUUGGCAGACGAUAGCCCCUUGCGCUGGGUACUCAUCCCCGCCUCCUGUGGCCGCUACCUUCAGUUCUCCACCAUGCUAGUCCACUUUGGAGCCGGUAUCGACAACUACGAAAUUGUCGCCCGGGUAGAUCAAGGAGAAUUUGGUCAAGAUGUCAGGAAUAGAUUCAGUUUACUCCAGCUUAAUUCAUCAGAAAACAUCAAACACUUUAUACCUCAGGGUAUUGCCUUAACAAGUCCAAAUAACGAUACAAAGACAACCUGUAAACUUCUGGCUCCACGGCACGGAUACAUCUACUCAUUUCAACUUCAGAAUGCUGCUACAGAAGAUCCCACCGUAUGCUCCCAUAAAUACGGCAUCGAUAUUACCCAACACACGAUGUGCUUUUCACAAAACCUUUGUCUUCGAAGCGGUCUUGGGGGUAUACUCACGUGCACAAACUCAACGCUGGGAUUCUAUAUUGAAGGCGCUGACUGUUAUCAGGGUCAAAUCGGCUGGCCUGUACUCGUCUCCAUGGUGACCAAUGAUGUACUCAAGUGGAUAUGGAUCACAACAAGCAAGCUGAGCGGUGUUUGUGGCUUCGCCAGAAACAAUGGGAAGUCUUUUCCUUGGUUUACCUACUUCAACCUGACCAAGCAGCAUGGUGGGCUUUGUUUGGGUGCCUACACGCAAAACGACACUUUCCCCCUCAUCACCUCAGUACGGUGUCUGCGGCAAUGCCUCCAGGCCAUGAACUCAAUGGGAGAAGGGUGUGUGCUGGAAAGUGUGUGGAGCGACAACAGCUGGGGUGAACUCUGCGCAGCGAAGAACAUCGUCCAACGUGCCCUGGCUGCAGUGUUGCCGUGGCGGCAGUGCUUGGUAGCCCACCUCGUCUCACCGAACAAGAAGGGAGUGCGAUUUGAGCGCGUGCGAGUGUCCACCUUCAAUGAUUGUGCUGGAGAACGUUUUUACAGUCCUUUCAUGGUUGAACAGGGCCUCUGCAUCAGCGCUAUGGGAGCCGAGUUGAACUGCUCAACGUGGGGAGAGGCAGGGCUGGUGCAGUGUCAACGCGCCACUGAUGGUCUGUGGGAGUUUGUGGGUGUCACGCAGGCCUGUUUUCGCACACCUUUACGGCGGUGGUUCAUGCGAGCAAUGGAGCUCUGA